AUGAUCAGGAAGCAAGUGGGAAUGGGAACAAACACCUUGUUCUGGCAUGAUCUCUUGGUAGGUGACUGCCCAUUAAAAGCCAAAUGCCCAAGACUUUUCAGACUAAACUCGAGUCCUAAUGGAUCUGUAUCCUCAUUUAAGUUUUGGGAAGGAAAAAAAUGGGAAUGGGCCUUCUCUUGGUGCAGGGAAUUCAGGCCAUAUGACACGAUUGAAUGGCAAUUGCUUCGUCUACUACUCGACCGAGUUCACUUCAACCCGGAAGUUCCUGACUCUUUUAUUUGGACCCCUCAUAAAAGUGGUUUGUUCACCGUCAAAUCAUUCUCACUCGAAUUAGCAAGAACAUCAUCUGGUUGGCACAUAGUACCUAUUAAGGGUCUAUGGAAGGGUUUGGUCCCUCAUCGUAUUGAACUCUUCGUUUGGUUUUCUAUCCUUGAAAAACUCAAUACAAGAGCAAAGUUGGCACAUCUUGGAAUUAUUCCCCCCUCUGAAGCACAUUGUGUGAUGUGUGGCACGUUCACUGAAUCUUCAAAUCAUCUCCUUAUCCAUUGCUCCUUUGCAUACCAUCUUUGGUCUUGGUGGCUGGAAGUAUGGGGGCUACAAUGGGCUUUCCCCGCAGACUUAAGAAGUGCCUUCAUCCAAUGGUCUCCUCCACACAAAGGAAUUUUUUUCAAAAAGGUGUCGAAUGGGUCUACUACCCCCACUCCCAUGGCUGUUUGGUCACCUCCUUCGGGGAACGGCUUAAAGUGGAAUGUGGACGCCUCUUAUCAUCCAUCCCUUCAGAAGUCUGCUAUUGGAGGGGUCCUAAGGGACUCUAAUGGGAAGUUCUUAUGUCUAUUUUCUUCUCCUAUUCCUCCCAUGGAGAUUAACCUUGCAGAAGUGUACGCAAUUCACCGAGCCAUUAAAAUAUCACAAAGCUGCACCAACAUCAUGUCUCACAAUCUGAUAAUUGAAUCUGACUCGGCAAACGCUGUUAAAUGGUGCACAUCAAAGGAUGGAGGUCCAUGGAACAUCCACUUCAUUCUGAACUUUAUUCGCAACUCCUCCUCCGCGGACAGCAGUGUGGAGAUCAUACAUAAAAGCCGUGCUGCAAAUGCCGUAACGGACUGUUUGGCUAAGCAAGGUCUUAGCAGAGCCGACGACUUCAUUGCAUGGGUUUAG